CUCCAGGAUGGUCUGGCGCUCCUCGGGCGCGUGGAGAAGGGAUGCACCUGCACGAUGUGCCGCUGGAUGGUGCUGACCUUGAGCGUGGCCAGCGCGCCCCCGCACCCCGUGCACCCCAGGCCGCGCCGGCUGCGGUCUCAGUGCAUCAGGCACUGCUGACAUUCAGGGAUGUGGCCAUCGAAUUCUCCCAGGAGGAGUGGGGAUGCCUGAACCACACUCAGCGGGAAUUGUACAGGGAUGUGAUGUUAGAGAACUACGGACACCUCCUCUUCCUGGGUCUCAUUGUGUCAAAGCCAGACCUGGUCAUCUUUUUGGAGCAAAAGAAGGAGCCUUGGGAUGUGAAGAGAAAGAAGACAGUAGCCAUCCACCGAGGUAGGUGGGAAUGA